AUGAGAUGGCAGCUCUUUCUAGCUAUUGCUAGCACAGCAAAAUCUACUACCGCCCUUGAACAGAUUGGGGAGCCUGAAUACGUUGAUGGGGCUUGGUCCAAUCUUUCCCACGGCGCCGAACUUUCCGACAACUCGUGGAAUACUCCCUUCAUAUUUUACGAAUCGAUCAACUGCUGUGCCUCCGUCAACCGCUCUGGAGGCCACAUAAUCUUAUUUGCUGCAGUCGUCUUACCAUUCGCUGUCGGAGGUAGUACCACUGUCUAUGUCAGUACGAAUCGUGUGAUAUCAGUUGGUGCUGGAACCGAUGAGUUCAAUAACGAUGCACUUCCCUCCGACAACCUCCCAGCUAUAGCGUUCGCGCCGUACUGGGACGAUCUCUAUCUUAGUAGAAGUCGUGGCCAUACUAUCGUCUAUGAAGUGUUCAAUGGCCAGUUCGAUAACGAAGUUACUUUUGAGUUUCUUGUUGGCAGAUUUAUCGACAAUGGCCUCUUCCAUUUCGGAGUCAGCUCCUUAGAGUCUGAGCCAAAUUCAGUCAGGUUUCAAUACUACAGUACGCCUGAAAAGGGGUCCAGGGCAACAGUUGGCAUACAAAAUCGGAACACUGGUAAAUUUAUUCUAGUUGAGUAUAACGAGGCCGAUAGCAUCUAUGUCUUCCCAUAG